UGAUCAACUGCGUUUUCGCGAGUAAUGUGCGUGUAGUGUGCGUGUGCAACGGAAGCUGAAACGAGGCCUGAAAAGCAUCGGGCAACGGCGGAGCAAUCCAGGGAUAACGACGUAGUGACGACACUACGAUCCGCUGCUGUACAUCGUACUGGGAUGAGUCUGAAAUUAUUUUGAAUUGGAGUAAGGAUUUGUGAAUAAUACAGAGCGUUCUUGAUUCCAGAAAGAUUGUGCACGAAACGUUAGAAAUAUGACAACGACGAAUUACUUGGAUUUGGAUAUAAAUAAGCUGUUUGAGCAGCAUACCAUUAAAGAAAUCGAAGAGAUUCAGAAGAAGAUUCAACUGGAAAGUGAUAGGAAAAAAUUAGAAUUACGGACGUUAGUUGGGGAAAGAUAUCGGGAUUUAAUAUUAGCUGCUGACACAAUUGGAAAAAUGAAGAUAACGUCUGAGAAAAUUACCUCGAGAAUAAUUAACAUAGAGGAUAAAUUUAGGGAAUUGCAAAAAAAAUAUCUUAUCGGUUUCAAGACAGAGCCGAUUGAAGAUAAGCUGGACAAAAGAGGAUAUAUUUUUGAUUCCGUUAUCAUCCAAAUCAAAAUUCUAAUGGAUAUUCCACAAUACAUUUGGGCGAGCAUCGAGAAUCAGAAUUUGUUAUUUGCUACGCAAUUAUAUAUAAUAGCACAACAUAUAAAUUACAGUCUAAUGUUCGAAGUCGGCAGCACCGAGUUGUCACGAAGAUAUCCAAUUGUUUCAAAGCAAUGGGAUGUUAUCAUGCAAUUUAAGAAUAUUAUAUCUAAUGAAUGCAACAAAAUAUUGCAAUCGUUGGAUGUUUCAACCAUAAACGCUGCAAACUGCUUGGCAUCUCUGGUAUUUUUAAAUGAAUCGUCAUUUGCGGAUCUUUUAGAAAAAUUAAUAUCCACAAGAUGUAUGGCUAUUGAAUCUGUCAUUAAAGGAGAAGGUCACGACAGUGUUAAAAAUAAGCUCAAAUCGUGUAUGAAAAUACUUAUACAAACUGUUCAUUUAAUAUAUUCAUGCUUUAUAAAUGCAGAUAAUGCACCCGGAGGCUUGGUCUUACAGUUUGUAGCAGACAUAAAAGAUCAAGAAGCAUAUUCUUUACUGUCACAGCUAGAUUUAGAUCAAGAUUUACUCCAAGAAUUUCUACCAUCCGUUACCAAACAUCACAAACCAUUUGUUCAGGAUAUACCAAAAACUUUUUCUUUAUCAGCACUUCAAAAUAGUGUUAAAUCUUGGUUGGAGUGGGUGAAUAAUUUUUCUAAUCUCGAGAUCACUAAAUUAUUGGAUUUAAUAGUUUCUAUUAAAGGCCUAUAUAAUAUUCGGGAAGAAGCUAUCAGUAUAAAUCUACCAGAAAAUUGGAAUUCAAUAUGGGAGGAGCUUUCAUUACCGAGAAUAAGUUUCUGGAUAGAAUUCUUCCAACCUAUUAUAACUAGACGAGCAAAAUGUAUUAUAACGAAUAAAUGGACGGAUGCGCUGGCCGAUUUAAAAUCCGAUAUAACAGAAUUACUCGAUAAGAUAGCGCAUGAUAAAUUUGAAUUUCCGGAACACGAUUUACGAUGGUUUGUGUGGAAAGAUUCCCCUACCGACAUUCCGCAGAAGCUUACAAAGAAUGGUGGUUUAGAUAACAAAAGGUCCUUAUUAAUGAAGGCUAAAGGAUAUUCCCCAAAUGUGAUAAAAUUAUGCGAAAAAUUUGAUGAAAAUCUAUAUGCACUAUUAUCCGAUCUUGAACAUUAUUUAUACGAGACUGAACGAGUAAUAACAAUAAAAGAUAGUUUACUUUCGGUGAACAUAUCUCUAAUAGCGAAUUCAUUCUCCGAUCGUAAUGAAGUUCAAGAACAUUUGCAAGUAAUCAGCACAGAAAAAAUCGAAGAUCUUGUACAGUUUAUAAAGAACACAUGCGUUAAUGAUAAACCCAAACAUGGUCAAAGUGAUAUAAACGCUAUAGUUUUAGCAAGAUUUCUCUUUGCGUUAACUACUCUGUGUUCGAAUUUAAAUAAGUGUUUCACAUCGUCGAAAGUAUCCGGACUUACCAUUACAAAUGUCAAGUGGCAAGCUGUUUGUGACAAUUUAAAGGAAGAAAGUACUUGCAUGUGGUUCAUUUGGGCUAACAUAUAUAAAGUUAAAAUAUCUGAACAUAUGAAGAAAUAUAUAUUAAAAGAGCCAAUUGAUGGGCUGCGUGUUCACUGGAUCGUUUCGGAAUGGGAGAAAGUUACCAUCGAGGAAGAAUCCGGAGAGGGAAAACGAAUAAAGUCUGAAAUUUUAAUACCUUAUCAACCAUCGAUACCAUUGCAAAAAUUCUUGACCGCCAUUUGCAAAGAUUUAAAUAAGAUUAUACCUCACACGCUUCCAAAGAGAGUACUACAGCAAAUUAUCGAAAGUAUUAUUACAGAAUUAUUCAAUUAUUAUCUCAAUGCAUCUAAAAAUAUAGACCUUAGACAAAAGCAAGCGUUUCAAGUAUUGUAUGAUAUAAGAUAUUGUACAUUGCUCAUGGUGCCCCAUGAAAACAAAAUUCUUAAUGAAUUAUCAACAAAAACAUGUGAUGCAGUGCUUGCGAAAAUAGACCCAUUUGAUUAUGAUGUUUUUAAUCCGUUUAUCCACACUAACGUUAAAAAAUCUGUUCAAAGAUCUUUGUUGAUAUUUGGAAACUUGGUCAGUCAUUUGGAACAAUUACAUUCGAUAUUGGGUGCACGUAAUGAACACAUGAGCAAUGAGAGGACCGAACCGCCUGCAGUACUUGCAGUUUGUACAGGAGCACCAUGGUUCCCGCCUUUAACCGUAACCGCUCCAACAAGAAAUUUGCCAAUUUUGUCAAUGCCAGUACCCGAUAAAACGCAACGCAAGAAAAUAACGAAAGAGCACGCGAAAAAUGAGCCUACCAGUGCAAUAAAAUCCGGAGCAGCCGCGUUUUUCGGUGCUAUGGGAUCAGAUUGGUUUGGCAGUAGCAAUUAACUAUUUUUUCUAUUUUAGGAAGAUAUUGUAAAUAUUGUGUCAUAUAUCACAUUGUAAAUAAUUGUUAGUAAACAAUAUCUUUUUACCAUC